AGAUUUUAAAGUUUGAGCGACUGCAUUCAGCUGUGCCGCUGUUUAGGGCCCCAGCCGCAGCUACACCGCGCUCUACACUUAUCUCCGUCAGCUAUACUGACUUCUCAAUUCCUCCGCCAUUGGGUCAUAGAGAUGCGUUGGCAUCGUGGUAUCCCCGACAAAGACGCCCGAUUGAUCCGACACACUGACCACGUCUUGAAAGGCUCUCUAUCAACGCCAUCAUCAAAGCUACUGCAGACACAACGCUUCAAUCUCCUUCACAGUCACUUCUCACACCACGAAGUCAUGGAGGGCAUUGCAGAAUGGGGUCUUGAUGAGCUGAAGGAGGUAUGCCCAACCUACUAUGAACGCGGACCACCUCAGUAUGAAGAGCACACGAAACCAUGGUCAACCGCUGCAGACCGCCAUGCCAUGCUCGUCGUCGUCCCCAAGAAUCUUACAACACUACAAAAAGUUGUAAAGGCGCUUUCUGGCUCGAUCCUAGACUUCGCUAUUCGGGGCACUGGAACAGGCAGCAGCUCGGCCUACGACGCGGUCGUCAGCAUGCAGGGCUUCAAAUCGUUCGAAUUCAAUCCUAUUACGGAAAUAGCUACUGUUGGCGCAGGUCUCACUUGGGGCGAAGUCGAUAAACUUGUCGAUACUCAUGCACCAGGGUAUGGCGCUGUUGGAGCGCGGUGCCCGUGGGUUGGGGUUGCUGGCUGUGCGUUGGUAGGAGGCAUUAGCUGGCUGUCUCUCGAACACGGCUUAGUGUCUGAUCCUCAGAACCUCAUCGAUGCUCAAGUCGUGCUUCGUGAUGGUCGUGUGGUAUGGGCGAAAGAGGAUGGUGAAGAAGAUCUCAUGUGGGCCCUUCGAGGAGGCGGAGGCAACUUCGGCGUCGUCUCAGCGCUGAAGAUUCACCUCAAACGCGUCUCGCCCAAGAUCUUCUCCGCUCUGGUAACCGUGCCUUACUCUUCUCUCGCAGAGACCUCCAAGGCGGUGGCAGCAAUGCAUCGACGUCCAGGAGACCCCAAAGUUGCCAUGUUCGUGGCCAAUCAAGGUCCCGGCAUGGGUCAAUCAGUUCAAGGUGCGCGUCCAGGAAUAGUCCUCACACUCUACGACGUGCACGGCGAAGCCCAUGCACGCAGCGAAGAAGGCUUUGCCUGGGCUUUCCAGCUUCCCGGCGCAGUCGAACUCGGCGGGGGCGAGAUGACUCUCUCGCAAGUGAAUGCUCUUCCUUCAGCCUACGCAGCCUGGCAUGGAACAUCCAGGUACCGAUGUUCGGCUCCCCUAAUCUCAGACAUCGAUGACGAGUUCAUUGUUCGACUUUGGAAAUGGUACGAAGACACCAUAACGCUUCACCAAGGCUUCGAAAAUGGAAGUUCUAUGAUCUUCGAAAUGAUGCAAGAACCCGUCUUCAAUUCCGUCUCUUCACCUGCAUCUACCGCAUGGCCGCAUGCUCGAGGUAGAAGACAUGUUAUGCAAGUUGCGCUUGUGACUUCCCCUGAAGAUACAUCUGAGGAAGUGGAAAGUAUAGCAUCAACGCAGCUUGAGAGACUAACGAGUCAAAUCACUGCCGGUCACGGCUUUCAUGGAGAAUACUUCGUGGCUUGGUUGCAAGACUGGAAUAAUUUGAGUGAGGUGUAUGGGGAGAACUGGGAUAGACUGUUGGCGGUGAAGAGAAAGUACGACCCAGAAGACCGGUUCUACAGGGCUAUAGGGCUCAGGCGGCAGGAGGGCAGCAAAGGCGUGGCGGUCUGAAUCGAUUGGCACGGCUGCCGCACAAGAAAGGAGUGUUGUAGUCAUUUAAAUGGGGGCGGAAGUACAACGUACUAUGUUCAGUCUGUGGCGAACUUUCUGCUCACUCUAUAACCGCCUGAGUAAGAGGGGCAA